UCAAUAAAAUCGUUUAUAAAACGUGCACAAUUAUAUAAAUUCCGAACGCUUUUAGAAUUUUGAAUAGAUACACCAAUUUCCACAUUUAUUCCCGAAUUCCCUUUACAACAUGCAUAUGACAAAUCAAUUUAUCUAUUCCCGAGAGCGCAGACGUUUCGGCCGCCAAUGUAUGUUUAGUGAUCGUAACCAAAAAAUGUUGAGCAUUCAUCCCAGCCAGAGAUUACGUUUGCAUUAUAUUCUACGCAAUCCGGUAAAUACCAGCACCCAGCUAAGCGAUCAGAAAGCUUCAAGUGUAAUGGAAACAGAAAAUGUGGCCUUUGGAGAGCAUGGUAUGUAUCACUAUGAGGGUGGCUGGCCCAAAGAGGUCAAUCUAAAUGAUGAGGAAUCAACAUUAAGGCAUAGAAAAAAGAUUGAACGUGAAGAUAACUGGGGUAGUCAGGUGACCAAUUUGAUUUACCAAUCCGGCGAUGUGGUCGAAAUAAAUAAUACCGUUAAUAUCUAUCAAGAGUUUUUUAAUGAUUUGCCUGCGGAGUUGUGUGAGGAAAUUAAGGAGCUGUUUGAAGCUAGACAAAAAAAUAUAUUUCAUGAUCCGGUAGUGGCCUUACCAAGGCCCAUAACGGUAAUAGACUGGGCUCCCAGUGAUACAAAAAGGUUUUUGGUUUUACACACCAAUAUACCCUUACAGCGUGAACAAGCUGGUGAGGAGAAAAGAAGAUCCAUAACUAAGGACAAAAAAGAAAGUAUUAUUGGAUUAAUACGGCUAAAAGACUGCUCAUUUAAUAAUUUCUAUAUAUGGGAUUUGGAAAAUCCACUUAAACCAAUGGUAGUGUUCAAAUGUGAUGAGAUGGUUUUGAAGACAUUUUUCUGUCCCAAAGAUGACAAUUGGUUGGCGGGCGGUUUAUGGUCGGGCAAGGUCUGUAUAUGGGAUGCUCGUUCUGGCAAUAUGCCAGUUAAUAUUUGCCCCUUAGAGGCGGCUCACCGAGAAGCCGUGCCAGCUGUGUGCUGGGUUCAUUCCAAAACAAAUACAGAAUUUUAUACCGGUUCUUAUGAUGGUUCGGUUAAGUUUUGGGAUGGCCGUGAUUUGGAUACACCUUUGCAGGAAAUUUUAUUAGAUCCCAUUAUGACCGAUGAGCAGUCUAGAGAUCGUGCUCAGGGUGUUACGGUUUUAGAGUUUGAAUACACCAUACCGGUUCGCUUUAUAGCGGGCAGUGAUAUGGGCAGUAUUUUUGUGGGCAAUCGCAAGGGUAUGACACCCAUGGAAACUUGGGCUGCCGGCAAUUAUCGCAUCUUUAGCGGUCCUAUACGAACCAUCGAGAGGAAUCCAUUUUUUGUGAAGAAUUUUCUAAUAACAGGCGAUUGGUGUGCCAAGGUGUGGUCGGAGGAAUGCAAGGGCUCGCCCACUACUUUGUUGAUAAAGAAAAAAAGUCAAAUUCUAUGCGGCACUUGGAGUACCAUGCGUUGUUCUCUUUUUGUUACAGGCGAUAUGAGGGGUGAAUUGGAUUUCUGGGAUUUGCUUUUGCAUCAACGUCGUCCUAUAUUUUCUGUGAGGUUUUCCAGUCCCAUAAUAUAUGCGAAAUUCCGCAGUGAUGGUGACUAUUUGGCGGUUUGUUUGGCCAAUGGGGAUGUACAGCUUUUGGAGUUAGAUGCGGCUUUGAAGCAUAGUACGAGCAAGGAUAAGGCUCUAAUAGCGGCGAUGUUUGAGCGUGAACAAUUGCGCUGCAAACUUUUGGAAGGUCGUGUUGAAGAGAUGAAAUUAAAACGGCGCACCACAGCCGAACUAGAAAGAAAAACACUUUCUGAAACCCAACCACGACCCGUUGAAGAACCAUUAGACCCUGAUAAUGCCGAAGAGUUUUUACGUAUUAUUUCCGCCGAUUUAGAAUUUAGAGAAGGUCUCAACAAUUUCCAAGAUCAUGUAAUAAAAGUGGAAAAGAAACGUCAAGAACGCCAGUAUGUCAUGGAAAGAACCGAAUUUGAAAUAGAGCAACAAUUAAUGAAUUACAAUUUAGAGGAUAUUGAGCCUGAGAAUAAUGAAAACAAAGAUAUCACAAAUUUAUAAUUAUUACUUUUUAUUAAAAUGCUGAAAUAUAUUUCGAUAAUU